AUUGCCAUGCCAGCCCCAAAGGCACAAAUCGACUAUAAUUUAGGGAUCCGCCUCUACCACUCCCUUUCAUCAACGUGACGCCAUAAGCCUUCAUUUCGCAUUCUCUGGAAUACAUAGUUCGAUCUUUUACCAGGAAAUCUUCCGCCUCACUUCUUUUCUCUCCUUAUUGGGUAUGCUAACAGCUAAAAGAUAAGAAAGUUCCUAGCUUUGUGAUUGGUUUUAGAUAGGAGGUACAACAAUGGCGGGAAUAGCUAUAGUCCUCGACUUAUUGCGGAAAAAACCAAGUUUAUACACGGGACAAAGCCUCCACUCUUAUGGGUUGUUGUCGGCCACCGCCGCGGCCUCUGCAGCUGCCGCCGCCGUUUCCGCUGGAACACCCUUUGCCUCUAGGGCGUUGUUCGGGAUAUCAGUCGCUCACUGUGAUGCUGGAGCAUCAUUUUCUGAAGGUUACAUUUCCAGUAUACGAAGUGCAACUGCAAAUUUUUUUCAGCACGAUUCUUUGAACUACAGAGCGAAAGAAUACAAAAUUGUGUUAAAACCUUUAUUCUCAGCUUUUGAAUUAAGGGCAUUUGCUAUGACUUCCUUAAGGUCAUUUUUGAUGUUCUAUUUGCCUCUUUUGGAGCCUCAUUCAACAACGGAGGAUGAUGAUGAUGAGUUUCUUCAGGACACUCGAGAGGAGAGCCAUGUGGAUUUGGUUAUUCCUUUCAAAAAAUCAAUGAAGCAAAUCAUCCGUGAGACAACUGUUGUAACCACUCGGCGAGUGCUUGAACGAAUUGUUGUCCAUUAUGUUUCACAGAGGAUGGCAUGGAAACUCCUGAAAGAUGUUCCAAAAUCUGCUGUGCGCAAGUCUGCAAGACGGAUGCCUACAUUGGUUUACUUUUUCAGUGUUAGCAGAACAACUUUCAGAGGACACUUUCUAGGGGUUGCAGCAUCAUGGCUUGUCCAAGUUGGCAUUGAAAUCUACAGAUACUUUGGUUCUACAAUUGAAGAGGAGAAUGAUGAUCUUGAUAAAGCAGAAAGAGUUAAAGUUCUGGGGAAAAAGGUUGCUGGCGCUACUGUGAGGUGUAGUGCAGCACUGGUUUUUGCUUCCAUUGGGGCAGGGAUUGGUGCCACCCUCUUACGUCCUUCAGCUGGCCAGUGGAUUGGCUGUGCUGUUGGGGAUUUGGCUGGCCCCAUUAUCGCAUCAGUUUGCCUCGAGAAAGUUCUCCACGUAGAGCUUUAAGCACUGGGGUUAAAUUAUUUGACAUAUUCUUUGCGUCUGCUUAAACUUGACUGGAGUGCCUAACUGCUUUAUACAACAAUGCCGAGUGAGGUCUUUGAUGAUAAUGCUACAUGCUGCUUUGGAGUUGCUAAAAGCACAAGCCACUAUGGCAUUUCAUCAGAAAUUUUCCUCUGUAUCUGUAAGGCCAUUCUCAUCAUCCCCUUCGUUUUUUUUGGAUGAAUUUUCCAAGUAAAUACAUUUCUGCUGGUGACUUACAA